UCUAAGUGACUACAAUCAUGUUGGGUGUACUAUUACUUGUGACGAUAGCCAAAUGGGCUGUGGCUGACUUUGACCCAGAUUUGCACGAAAAGUACCUCACCAUGCCAAGAUCAUCCUUCAUCAAAUACUUCAAUGAACAGAACUUCUCUUGGAAAAUGACUGAAUACGACAACAUUCGUGAAAGGUAUAAGCCCAAUGCACAAUUUAAUUACACCGAUUCUGUUAAAGGAAUUCCAAUCUAUACCCCUGAGUUUAAAGGUUUAGAAUUGCCUGAAGCCUUCGACGCUAGAGAGCACUGGCCCCAAUGUGAAUCUAUAAAGGACGUCUAUGACCAAGGAGAUUGUAAAUCCAGCUUAGCCUUUGGACUAAGCUCAGUACUAUCAGACAGGACAUGCAUUCAAAAGAACAUUCACGUGAGACUUUCUCAACAAGACUUCGCGUGUUACCACAAAGGAAUAUGUGACGGAGAAGGAGAAUCAUUUUACGCAUUAAGCUAUUGGAAGCAGUAUGGACUAGUUACCCAAAAAUGUAAGCCAUACAACAUACAUGAACUCAAACAGAAUCUGUGUAUGCCUUAUUGUGUAAACAAUGAUACGGACUAUUUUAAAGACAAACAUUACGGUGAUGAUUUAUAUAAUUAUAUAUUCAGAAACUAUGCCAUGAAAGGUGACUUAGUGAAGAAUGGACCGGUUAUAACUGGUUUUGCUGUUUAUGAGGACUUUUAUAAUUAUCAUAGAGGGAUAUAUGAACAUAAGUAUGGUCUGCUUGAUGGUCAUAUCACUGUUCGGGUGAUUGGCUACGGUGAGGAAAAUGGAGUAAGAUACUGGUUAGUUGCCAACAGUUGGGGAAAGACGUGGGGAGAACAAGGACUGUUUAGACUUAAAAUGAAUCAGAGUAAGGUUGAAUUUGACGUUUUCAUAGUGAGUCCCUUCGCUAAGAAUUGAUGUAGUAUUUCUUUGUAAAGAUCUGUCUUAUUUUUCAAUGUAAACAGAAUUGUUAAUAAAAAAAAUGAGGUAUCACAUGUGGGUCACCCGAUUUGACGAACGAACGAAUGAAGUUCCUUUCGUUUUUAAAUAAGUGUCCUAAGAGGUAAAAUGAAAUAAAUGUUGUUAUAUAUUUUA